GAGCUUCCUUUCCAGGAGUUGUAGUUUUUCUCGCCAGAUCUAACGUUAGCUUCCAGUUGUGAGCCUCGUCAGGCCAAAGGAGUUGGCGAACUGGUUUUUUUUUUCGGAGCUGUGGAAAACACCGCUGUUUCCUGUUGUCGUUCGAGCAGAGCCUCGCUUCCGACCAGAUCAUGGCAGAUUUCUCGCUGACAGAUGCUUUAGGAGAUGACACACCGAGCCAGGCUAAGAAAAUAGGCCACACUAACCCCACAGCCCCUGCCAGCAAUCACCCUGCAGCUCCGAACCCGGGAUGGCCCGGUUCUGCCCCAGGAGCUCCCACCCAGCCCUCAGCUCCAGCUGACUUCAGUGGUGGAUUGUCUGGCCCAGGAGCCCCAGGGCCAUUCCAGUACCCCUCUGGGCCUGGAGCGCCGGGGCAGUACCCGGGACCCCCCUCAGCACCCGGCGGCUUCCCUGCUGGUCCCGGAGUACCUGGACAGUAUCCCGCACCGGGAGCUCCGGGUCAGUUUCCCUCCAGCCCCGGGGCGCCCGGACAGUUCCCCGGGCAUUAUCCAUCUGAAGGAACUCCUGGACAGCUGCCCGGAGGCCCCGCUCCUUACCCAUCGGGGCCGUUUCCUUCUGGCCCUGGCGCUCCGGCUGGCCCUUACCCGAACGUGCCUUUCCCUGGUGGGCAGCCAGCAGGAGGCAACGGGAUGUAUGGACCCGGAGGUGAAGGUGGAUUUCCCCCUCCGGCCGGUCCAGGAUCUUUCCCAGCGUUCCCCGGAGGUGGAUUCCCCCCGAUACCACCCGGGUCAUGGGGAUCACCCGGAGGAGGUUUCCCGACCCCGCCUGCACAGUUUGGCCCUGGGCCCAUGGGUCCUUACGGUGGUCCUGCUGGUCCAGGAGGCACAUUGAUUGUGCCCUACGAUCUCCCCCUCCACGCUGGGAUUAUGCCGCGCCUUUUAGUCACGGUGAUCGGAGAGCCUGUUCCCGGGGCAGACAGGUUCCAGGUUGACUUUCUUAAGGGUCCGGAUGUCGUCUUUCACUUCAACCCUCGCUUCAACGAGCAGACCAUUGUCCGAAACUCCAACCUAGGAGGUUACUGGGGCCCGGAGGAGCGAGAGGGGCCCUUCCCCUUUGUCCAGGGCCGCCGUUUUGAGUUGAAGAUCCUCGUGGAGGAGGACAUGUUCAAGGUGGCCGUGGACGGCAACCACCUGCUGGAAUACGAGCACAGAGUGGGCGGCCUGGAAGAGGUGACCGUGCUCCGGGUCACCGGCGACGUCGUCCUGUACAGCGCGGCGCCCAGCAUGAUCUGAACCCCCAGCCGCUCGCUCGCUCGCUCUCGAAACGAUUAGCCCCCAGCGUUUCUGACGACCGCCUGCCUCCACGCCCCCGAAUCCCCCCACCCAGCCCUCUCAGACACAUGGAGGCAGCUGACGAAGUUGCAAGUGCGGCCAGCAAAGUGCAAUUGUCCCUCAAGUGGCACAUUUUAUCGCAACGACCUGAUAUAGAUUGAAUUAAGUUCGCACUUGAUAAUCCUGUUUUUUUUUUCUACUGAAUAUCUCAUUACAAAAUUAUGUUUUCACUUUCCUUUUAGAAAAUUGUAUCAACUGCUUUGCAUUUUUUGUUUUCCUUUUUUCAUUUUUUUUAAACCUAAUUCUAAUUAAGGAAAAGAUUGAGUGACAUAAAUGUGUAACCAAUUAAGUAAGGAAUAAUUUAUUAUAUACAAAAAGGAAGAUUGUAAGCUAAGCAGGAAGGAAGACGUGUUUCAGGCGUUUCAUUUUAUUUCGGCAGUGUUUUGUUUACAUGUUCAUUAUUUCGUCACAACAUAAACGCGACAAGCCUUUGUAGUGCAUGAAAGUGUGAUGCUGAAAAUGUCACUUUUAUUUCAGUGCUGAACCACGACCCUCUGGAGUCACAUAUAGUAGGCUAAUCAUGAAGUUUCUUCAAAUGUAAGUAUUUAUAUGCAGUGUUUGUUCCUCUUCUCUUCAGCUGUUUCUCUCCCGACCUUUCAUGUUACCCCAUGUUUGAACAAAACAGCGAAAAGGUGGCAACUAGUUAUUAAAUUAAAAUGUGUGUGGGAGAGAUUCUGACUUAGUGCCAAAGAGAAGUGGUACAUAUUUUGAAUUUCUAAAUAAAAGGACUAUGUAAAACUUUCAA